CUUUGGUAUCUGCUGUGCUGCUGCUUCACUCUCUCUCUUUACAGAAAGUUGUAGAAGUUUUCAGACGUGUCACUGCUGGGUGUGAGGAUGGGAGCCACUUUGCUCUGUGAGCUGGGCCUAUUCUCAGAUAAACCCAGGGCCACACUGACAGCAGGAACAACAAUCAUACCAGUAGGGGGCAGUGUGACACUGACCUGCUCUGUGCAGAGCUCUGAUGGAUGGAAAUAUGAGUGGUUCAGACGAACCCAAACAACCUCUGAAAGUAAAAUCAGAGAUCAACAAAACAGAGAUAUCAGAGUAUCUGAAGGAGGAAUCUACAGCUGCAGAGGAAAAAGAGGAAACCCAGUUUACUACACUGAUAGAAGUGAUGAUGUCACUAUUGAGAAAACCAUUUCCAAUAAAGUUGUUGUAAAACAACGACCCAACUGGCCUCAGAUAUUCAGAGGUGAGACGAUCACUCUGACAUGUGAGGUGCAGGAAGGAGGUGAAACCACUGAGUGGGAGUAUGAAUGGAGAGGACCCAGGACACCCACACAGUGGACACACAAUAAUGAUGUGACAUUCAGAGUUUCUGAGUCCAGCAGUGGAGACUACAUGUGUAAGAGUCGACGCAGAGAUGACUCAUAUUCUUCAACAGAGUGGAGUGAAGCCUUCACAUUGUCAGCAUCAACAGUUAAACCAAAGGCCCAACUGACUACUAACAGCAGAGACGUUCCAGUAGCAGGCAAAGUGACUCUGAACUGCUCAGUGAACCUGUCAUCUGAAUGGAAAUACUUCUGGUACAGAGGUAAUAAAUCCUCUGAACCCUUGACUACACAAGAUGCUGCUCCUUCAGACGGACAAAUCAGUGUCUCACAGGAAGGACUCUACAGGUCCAGAGCAGGAAGAGGAAACCCAGUUUACUACACAGACUACAGUGAUCCAGUCAACAUUGAUAAAAACACAGAGCCUGGGCCUGAAAACUCUUCGUUUCUCACUCCUUUGAUUGUUGGACUUGUUUGUGGAAUUUUACUGAUUCUUCUUCUUCUGCUGUUGUAUCGCUUCAAACUGUCAAAGGAUUCAUGCUUUAAGAGGCCUCAGAGCAAAAAUCAGCACUCUGCUACAAACCACAUGACCAAGCAAGAUGAAACUCAACACAUUUCUCCUGUUCAAGUUGAAUCAGAGGAUGUCACAUAUUCUUUGGUGGAGCUUAAAAACACCACUCCAAGGAAGAAGACCAAGAUACCAGAGGAGAGUUGUGUUUACUCUGAUGUUAAAAUACGACCUUCCACAGGAAAAUCAGAUCCUGCCACAGCUCAUGAAAUGGUUUAUUCUGGACUCAAACCGGGAAAAUAA